UCUCUGUCCCCUCCUCUCCUCUCUUCUCCAGCACGCGCAUGCGCGCUCCCGCCGCUGCCUCUGCUGCCGCCGCCGCCUUGUGAGGCGAAAACGAAGCUGCUUCAGCCUCCGCCAUUAUUAUUAUCAGAGGCCUCCUUUUCUCUUCCCUUCGGCUUCUCUUUCCUUCCUUCCUUCCUUAGGCUUCUCCUCAGGAAGGAAGGAGAGAGAGGAAGGAAGGAAGGAAGGGAAGAAAGAGGGAGGGGAACAUGGCGCCGCCUCCUUCUCCUCCCGCUGCCGCUUGGGCUCCUUCUCCGCCCCGCCCCGCCGCCCGCACCCGACCGAGACCACCGCCAUCCGGGAGACAUGCUGUCUAUCCAGUUGUGAAGAUCAGUGACAACUGAGCUGCUGUUGGUCCACGCAACAUGGGAAGAGCCAUCACCACUGUCCUAGCCAUCGUUAAUGUGAAUUGCUAGCAGUCACCUGCCCACUAUUGCGAUUGCAUGGAAAUACAGCAGGCAUUAAUACUCCAGGAAGCUGCCAAGGGUAACAGGAUGUUUGGACGAUGAUGAUGGCACGGAAGCAAGAUGUCCGCAUCCCCACCUACAAUAUCAGUGUGGUUGGAUUGUCUGGGACGGAGAAAGAGAAAGGGCAGUGUGGGAUUGGGAAAUCGUGCCUGUGCAAUCGUUUUGUUCGGCCCAGGGCAGAUGACUUCCACUUGGACCACACUUCAGUCCUCAGCACCAGUGACUUUGGAGGAAGAGUUGUCAACAACGACCAUUUCUUGUACUGGGGGGAAGUGGUACGUUCUCUGGAGGACUGUGUGGAAUGUAAAAUGCACAUUGUGGAACAGACUGAAUUUAUUGAUGACCAGACUUUCCAGCCUCACCGCAGCACAGCCCUUCAGCCCUAUAUCAAAAGGGCGGCUGCGACCAAACUUGCAUCUGCAGAAAAGCUCAUGUACUUUUGCACUGAUCAGCUUGGGCUGGAGCAGGACUUCGAGCAGAAACAGAUGCCGGAUGGGAAGCUGUUGGUAGAUGGCUUUCUGCUCUGUAUUGAUGUCAGCAGGGGCAUGAACAGGAACUUUGAUGAUCAGCUCAAGUUUGUUUCAAACUUGUACAAUCAACUCACAAAAACAAAAAAGCCCACAGUGAUCGUUCUGACAAAGUGUGAUGAAGGGGUGGAGCGGUACAUUAGAGAUGCACACACUUUUGCCUUAAGCAAAAAGAACCUCCAGGUGGUAGAGACGUCUGCCAGAUCCAAUGUGAACGUUGACUUGGCUUUCAGCACUUUAGUGCAGCUGAUAGACAAAAGCAGGGGCAAGACUAAAAUUAUCCCUUACUUUGAGGCUUUGAAGCAGCAAAGCCAGCAGAUUGCGGCUGCGAAAGAUAAGUAUGAGUGGCUGGUGAGCCGCAUUGUGAAAAACCACAACGAGACUUGGUUGAAUGUCUCACGGAAGAUGCAGUCCUCUCCAGAGUACCAGGAUUAUGUCUAUCUGGAAGGGACGCCAAAAGCCAAGAAGCUCUUCCUGCAACAUAUUCAUCGCCUCAAACAAGAACAUAUAGAGCGCCGGAGGAAAAUGUAUCUUGCUGCUUUGCCUCUUGCUUUUGAAGCCCUUAUUCCAGACUUGGAUGAUAUAAACCAUUUGAGCUGCAUAAAAGUGGAAAAGCUGUUGGAGUCGAAGCCAGACUUCUUAAAGUGGUUUGUUGUUCUUGAGGAGACUCCCUGGGAUGCCACCAGCCACAUAGAUAACAUGGAGAACGAACGCAUUCCGUUCGACCUGAUGGAGACCUUGCCUGCGCAGCAGCUCUAUGAGGCCCAUCUUGAGAAGCUGAGGAAUGAGAGGAAAAGGGCAGAAAUGAGAAGGGCUUUCAAAGAGAAUUUGGAGACUUCCCCUUUCAUAACUCCAGGAAAACCUUGGGAAGAAGCUCGUAGUUUCAUCAUGAACGAGGACUUUUAUAUGUGGCUCGAAGAGUCUGUCUACAUGGAUAUUUAUGGUAGACACCAAAAGCAGAUUAUAGAGAAGGCCAAGGAGGAGUUUCAGGAGCUGCUUCUGGAAUACUCAGAACUGUUCUAUGAGCUAGAACUUGAUGCCAAACCCAGUAAAGAGAAAAUGGGUGUCAUCCAAGAUGUGUUGGGCGAAGAACAAAGAUUUAAAGCAUUGCAAAAGCUACAAGCUGAACGAGAUGCCUUGAUCUUGAAGCACAUUCAUUUUGUGUAUCACCCAACAAAGGAGACCUGCCCCAGCUGCCCAGCUUGCAUAGAUGCUAAAAUUGAGCAUUUGAUAAGUUCUAGGUUUAUAAGGCCUUCUGAUCGCAAUCAGAAAAACUUACUGUCAGAUUCCAAUAUAGAUAGAAUCAACUUAGUAAUUCUUGGUAAAGAUGGACUUGCACGUGAGUUAGCAAAUGAGAUCCGAGCUCUUUGCACAAAUGAUGACAAGUAUGUGAUAGAUGGGAAAAUGUAUGAACUCUCCUUGAGACCUAUAGAAGGUAAUGUCAGGCUUCCUGUUAAUUCUUUUCAGACGCCAACAUUUCAGCCCCAUGGUUGCCUCUGUCUUUAUAAUUCCAAGGAAUCUCUGUCGUAUGUUGUUGAAAGUAUUGAAAAGAGCCGAGAGUCCACUCUUGGCCGAAGGGACAACCACUUAGUUCAUCUUCCUCUGACACUCAUUCUAGUGAAUAAGAGAGGAGACACCAGUGGGGAAACACUGCACAGCUUAAUACAGCAAGGGCAGCAGAUUGCUAGUAAGUUGCAGUGUGUCUUCCUCGAUCCAGCUUCUGCUGGCAUUGGCUAUGGGCGUAAUAUUAAUGAAAAACAAAUCAGUCAAGUUCUGAAAGGCCUGCUAGACUCGAAGCGCAACUUAAACCUUAUGAGCUCAACUGCGAGCAUUAAAGAUAUGGCUGAUAUUGAUCUUCGGAUAGUCAUGUGUUUGUUGUGUGGAGAUCCCUUCAAUGUGGAUGAUAUCCUCCUCCCAAUUCUUCAGUCCCAAACCUGUAGGCCUUCCCAUUGCGGAAGCAGUAAUUCUGUGUUACUUGAAUAUCACAUAGGACCACACAAGAGACGUAUAGAACUCUCCUUGCUUUCAUACCAUUCCUCAUUUAGCAUUAGGAAAAGCUGGCUAGUCCAUGGCUACAUUUUGUUUUAUUCAGCUAAACGUAAAGCCUCCCUGGCUAUGUUACGUGCCUUUCUUUCUGAAGUGCAGGAUAUUAUCCCUGUUCAAAUCGUGGCACUCACAGAAGGCUCCUUAGAUGUUCUGGACAAUGAUUUAAGUAGAGAACAGUUAACAGAGGGAGAGGAUAUUGCCCAGGAUAUAGAAGGAAAGUUUACAACUAUCCCUUAUAGUCAACCUCAACAUAAACUAGAAAUCUUCCACCUGUUUUUCAAAGACGUGAUGGAGAGGAAAAACAUCAUUGAAGCCACCCACAUGUAUGAUAAUGCUGCUGAAGCCUGCAGCACUACAGAAGAAGUGUUUAAUUCCCCCCGUGCUGGCUCACCUCUCUGCAAUUCAAACCUUCAGGAUUCAGAGGAAGAUAUUGAGCCUCCAACCUACAGCCCUUUCAGAGAGGACACCUCAAUGCCCAGUUUGUCCAAAGAUCUUUCUAAACUUUCCAUGGAAUUGGAGGGGAAUGAUGGUCUUUCCGUCUUUUCUGUUAUGAGCACUUUUGAAAGCAAACUGAACAACAAAGUACCUCCACCAGUGAAACCAAAGCCCCCGGUCCAUUUUGAUAUUACGAAGGGGGAUCUUUCUUAUUUGGAACAGGGGCAUCGGGAUGGGCAGAGGAAGUCUGUGUCAUCUAGCAGUUGGCCCCCAACGGAUGGCUUUGACCCUUCCGACUAUGCAGAGCCCAUGGAUGCAGUAGUAAAACCAAGGAACGAGGAAGAAAAUAUCUACUCAGUGCCCCACGAUAGCACCCAAGGCAAAAUCAUCACCAUUCGAAACAUCAACAAGACCCAGUCCAACGGAAGCGGCAAUGGGUCAGAUAGCGAAAUGGACACGAGCUCCUUAGAACGUGGCCGCAAGGUGUCUAUCAUUAGUAAACCAGUGCUGUAUCGGACAAGAUGUACGAAGCUCGGGAGAUUUGCCAGUUUUAGGACCAGUUUCAGCGUAGGGAGCGACGAUGAAUUGGGCCCCAUUAGGAAGAAGGAGGAAGACCAAACCUCCCAAGGUUACAAGGGAGAUAAUGCUGUAAUUCCAUAUGAGACUACUGAUGAAGACCCCAGGAAAAGGAACAUCCUCCGAAGCUUAAGGAGAACAACUAAGAAACCAAAGCCUAAGCCACGGCCAUCUAUCACAAAGACGACAUGGGAGAGCAGUUAUUUCGGGGUGCCUUUGAUCACUGUAGUGACACCAGAGAAACCAAUUCCCAUCUUUAUUGAGAGAUGUAUCGACUACAUUGAAACAACAGGGUUGGGCACAGAAGGUAUCUACCGGGUGAGUGGAAACAAGUCUGAGAUGGAAAGUUUACAACGGCAGUUUGAUCAAGAUCACAAUCUGGACCUUGUAGAGAAGGACUUCACUGUGAAUGCUGUAGCUGGAGCCAUGAAGAGCUUCUUCUCAGAAUUGCCUGAACCCCUGGUACCUUACAAUAUGCAGGCUGAGCUGGUGGAAGCCCACAAGAUCAACGACAGAGAGCAGAAGCUGCAUGCACUUAAAGAGGUGCUGAAAAAAUUUCCCAAGGAGAACUACGAGGUCUUCAAAUACGUUAUCUCCCAUUUGAACAAAGUCAGCCAACACAACAGAACCAAUCUGAUGACCAGCGAGAACCUCUCCAUUUGCUUCUGGCCCACCCUGAUGAGGCCCGACUUCACCACCAUGGAUGCUCUCACUGCCACCCGCAUUUAUCAGACAAUCAUAGAACUCUUCAUCCACCAGUGCCCCUUCUUUUUCUACAAUCGGCCCAUCAUUGAGCCCCCUGGUGCCAUGCCCAGCUCCCCCUCGGCCCUUCCCGUCAGCACCGCUUUCCUCUCCUCCACCCCUGUGAUGGCCCAGCCCUCCCCUCCGCAGACGCCUCCUCCCUCACCACAGUCUCCCCUCCAGCCCCUUCUCCCUCCCCAGCUUCAAGCUGAACAGCAUACACUGUGAACUCUGGUGCGAGAGGAAAUCGAGGUCCACUGCUGUUCUGAUGUGCCGAACAAAGACUAGAAACUCAGCCCUGGCAUCGCUUGGCACUCUCUUUCCCCACUCCACUCUGUGGCAGACUUGUGGUGUGGAAUAGAGCACUAGCAAGUUGGCGCAUUGGACAUGUGUGAAGCCUUGGUUCUGCCUCAGUGCCUGGCACAGAAGGACCUGCCGGAACACAGGCAGCGUGGGACCUUCUGCUGAGCAGAGAGGAUGCAGGCCUCUCCCCUUCCGCACUGGCUCUUUCUUCGACCAAGAGCAGUCCCGACCCAAGUAGGACUUGUGGGAACAUUGCCAAGUUUGGAGGAGGGGAGCGUAGUCUGUUGGCUUUUAGAUGCGUAUCUGGGAAUCUCUCCUUUCCCGUCUUCUCUUGGGCUCGCAUGUGAACCGAGGGGCGCUGCUAAGGCGUAACAGGAUUCGGAGCUUCUCCCCAACAACACAUUCCAUAAGCUGUAAUGGAGGCCUACUCUGCAGCACUGGACAUCUCACCCAUCUUGCGGGGACCAUGAUUUCCGCUUGCGGCACCCCAGCCUCUUGGCUCAGAAGGACUGGACCAAUGCUCUGAACAGAAAGCUUUUAAAAUUUCGACAAGGCUGGAAUGAAACUUUGUCUUGACUCUGAAAUAAUGGCCAGUCAAAGUGGGAAGGAAGAGCCCCUCCCCUUGACAUGAAUGGGGAACCUGAGAGAAAUGAGGCGUUCCCCUCACUUGCUGGUUGGGCUGUUUUUAACCUGGCAAAGUUGUGUGGGACUUUGGCUCCUUUUUACUUGUUCAGAGAAUUUGUGCAUGGCAGAUUUCCCUUGGCGGCGGGUGGGUGGCGGGUUGUAGGGCAGUCCAGAUUUGGUCUGGUAAGUUCUGCUGUCUUCAUUUGACAAACAGCAACAUAUCUCUUGUUACCCUCCCUCCUCCCCUCUGCGCAGAAUAUUUGUUAGCACUUACGAGAGGAGAAAGAAAAGAGGCAAAUGUGUGUGAGCAUGUGCGUGUGUGAGUUUUGCAAGCAAAGUCCAAGUUUUGUUGUCUGACCUGAGGUUUCAUUCCUUUGGCACGCAGUGUUGGAAAAAUACUAUUGGUGUGUAUGAGAAAGAGAGAGAGAGAACGAGAAUGAGAAUGGGUGGUUAUAACUACAGGUUUUUCAAAAAUGUCCCCAGUGUUUUAAAGUGUAAAGCAUGGUGCUGGAAAUUGAGGAAAGUGUGACUUCUGUAGCUUCUUCUCCCUUGACUUUCAUUGGAGGAGAUGGCAUCAGAAGAACAACAUCCGCAGAACCAUUUUCUGCGGAUGUAGAUGCAAAGUAGAUGAGUCCAUUACUAUCUUGGAGACCCAGAGAGAGAUGCUUGUUCAAAAGGCACACACAAAGGCGCACAACCUGUGAAUCUCCCCCAACAUCAUCUGAUAUUUCUGACUAUUUUGGCUCUAAUCCUGAAAAUGGCUGAUGGGCAUCAGUAAAGAAGACCCCCCCCCCCAUGAUCGAGUCUCACAUUGGGCUGCUCAGGGCAUGAAGGCUUAGGGAGAAACGACUGCAUAGGAGGGCCUCAAAACGGCCAAAAUCGGUAGCAGCUUUGUAGAAAGAAGCCUUGGGGCCAAAUCUCAAUGGCAACAAUUAUUUGGUUUGCCAGCACCACAGGAAAUGGUCAAGCUGUUAAUAAAUGUGAUGCAUAGGCCCUCUUUAUAUCCUCUCCCUUCGUCAUUUCAGAGCUCCCUCGUCCCAGUCUGUUUGCAUUCGGCUGGUGUGUUUGCAUGUGUAUGCAAAGAAGCCUGUGCCCUGGCUCAACUCUUUGGUGCUCCCAUGCACAGUGCACUUGUCUCUUCCCUUUGGCCUACACAUGAAGCCACUGUGUGCUCAUAUCAGCCCCUUAAUGCUGUGGUCUUCCCUCUCUUUUCCUCGCCUAGGUUCGUGUUGGUCAUGAAGUACACUUGGCUGUUCUGCUCGUAUUGAGCAUGCUUCUUUCUUUACCUCUGAUGUAGGGUGCCUGUACAAGGAAGAGCUAGAAGUGAACCACUACAAUAUUUCCCAUGGAGACACCAUGAAAAUGGCCUGUGGGCUGUAUAGCAGCAGUACCUAGUAAACUGCAUUGUGUGUGUGUGAAAGAGAGAGAAUGAGAGAGUGUGUGAGAGAGAGAGGAGAUGAUGAAGUCCGCACCUACUGAUAGCAGGGCAGUUUCAACUGGAGUUUCCACGGUACCACUAGGAAGACACAAGGGAGGACUCCCUAUGCCAUCCUUUCUGUCUCUUCGCACUUUAAAGGAGAACCUGUGGUUUAUUGCUGGUUUAGGCAUUUCAAGGAUGUUUGUGGUAAACUGUGUUUGGGGGAUGGAGGGACUGAGGGUCGAGAGAAGAAGCCCCAACCCAUUCCCAAAUCAGACCUUCCUCUCACUCUGCUCCUUUUCUGGCAUUGCAGAAGCCCAGUCUUCAUCAAGCUGACUCUCUCCUAUAAAUAAGCUGAAUUAUGUACUACUUUUUCUUGAGAAUCACAUUUUAAAAAUCGUAUUGUGUCAGGAUUGUGUGCCUGAAAAGCGUCCCUUGCAAGCAUUCCCCUUUCCUCCUCUUCCAAGUUUUAUAUUCUCAUGUGUUAAAAAUUGAGCUUUUGUAAAUAAUGGACACUUUUUUGGUUGGUUUGAGACUGUUAAAAAGAAAGCAGAGAGGGUUCAUACAACAAUACGGAGGUUUGGGAAAGGAGGGAUGAUGAGAGGGCUGGGGAAAGAGGAUCCCCCCACCUGACCCAGAAGAGGGUCACUACACCUAUGCUGGGUUGGGCUAGUGUGAGAACUUGGCAUUGUCGUUUUCUGUUGGAAUACGGUCCUUCUGUGUAUGCAAGGUCUUUUUCUGUGCCUUCUUGAAGGGUCUGAUGCUACACAUCUCCCACUAAAAAGGUCUCUUAGUAACAACUUUUGGGAUUUGGGGCUUUCCUUGCUAUUAUACGCCUCUAUCAGGGAGAGGUUUAUUCAAUGCCAGACAUCUUUUCUAUUUGCUGCUUCUCUGAAUCCUCUACAAUCUGGUGGCUGCCUGCUUGUAGUCCUUCACUGAAAUAAUUGUGGCAGAUUCAAGUCCCACUGCUGCUGUGCUAUGGAGGCUGUGGUCCUACUUUCCCAUCACUUACCUGCUCAGAAGCGAAUUUGGGAUUUGCCGGAUGGGCUCUCUGUAGUUGCCAAACGCUGUGGCCUUGUGAUUCUAAUCCUAUUUUCUGUGCUGGAAAUGCCAGGGAAGAUGGGCUUCUUUCUCCCUGAGCCUGCCUCAUUUCCUUGGUGCAGUGGGUUGAGGAGGUCUUGUUUUGUAGCGUGGGGAAAUAGGUGCCCCCUUGCCAAUUCCAUACGGGACGCCAGUAAUCCUACAAAAACAACAGGUGAAGUCAGGUGGAUCAUCCAGCCUAGCAGGGGAAGCAUGUGUGCAUGUUAUGUGUGUGUAGCAGAACCAAGGUGUCGCUCCUGGGGACCACUGCUUAUCUUGAAUUAAGUGACUUCUGAGGCCCACUUGAAUAGAUGGGUGAACCUCAUCCCUACCCCACAAAGAAAAGGAGCUAAACUACUUCGGCCUCUUUAGCUCCGAUGGGCUUCUCGAGACCAAUUCUUAUGAGCUACAGGACCGGAUAUCUCCAAAUCCUUCAACCUCCUAAAGGAACAGCAUCCCUUUUGUGCUCACUAGUGUUUACAGUUUCCACCUCAACCUGACAUUGCUUGUUUGCUGCCUAGGUGUUCCUUUCCACAGCUGAGUUAAGAAAUAGAGGGAUGAGGGUUGUCAUAUGGGCCACUGAGGGGGAUAGAGAUCAGCCUUGAAGAAUGUGGAGUGCAUAGAGGCAUUUGGGUCGUAGUUCUGCUAAACCCUGGCUUUCUUUGUAGGAUGCUGCUUCCUGUUGUGUCCCCCACUUAUGGGCAUUUUUGACACCUGCAGAAAGGGGGAAGUGCAUGUUCUUCUUGUGCACAAAUGGGACCAUGUCCUCCUGUGACCUGCAGCGUCUUUCCUUUGGGAGAAUGACUGGGCUUAGCUGUGCUGUGGCCGGAGUUUUACUUUGUAAGGCACACCUCAAAUAUGUGACACUCACCUUCCUUUUAACACUAAAUCGAUCCAUUCUGUGUUUGAACACGAUUUCAAGGCUAUCAGGCUGGCGGCCUGUUCCUUCACAGCACUACGCUUCUCCAACUGACCUACAUAUGGGGUUUUUACAAGGGGAAUCCUUAGCUGAUCAUCCGGAUCCUUCAUCCUUGACUCAGCAGCAGCCGUUGCAUUCCCUUCCCUUUCUACAUCUGAAUUUUGGUUUCUCAUUUGUCUUUCGCUUAACUUUUAGGGUUACUUUGGUCCACAGGCCAAGCAACUCCUUAAUCUGUCUGUCUGUGUGUCAAUCUGUCUGAACUGCAGCUGGAAUUUGUCUGCUGUAAGAUUUCGGUGGGGUUUGGGGGUGGCUUGGGGGCCCAUGUCCCCUCACUGCCUGCGUCAUAGGUCAUACUUUUAACUGUUACAGCUGACCCCCACUUACCAGGUUUAUUAUUUUUUUUGUAAAAUUGAAAUACAAUAGAAAUAUUGUAUUUUAAAUGUAGUCUAAGGCAGGGCGUAAGUUAUUGUUUAAAUAAAAAAAACUUAAUUUUUUUCCUGUGUACAUUAAAAAAAGAAGAGCCCUGUCUGCUUCUGAAAUCGUAUGGGAAUAAAACUUGUCCUAAAAAGUCGGAUUUAGUUCUGCACUCAGCUUAUCUUUCCCCCUCCCACUUGGUACUUGUAUUUUCACAUGUAAAAUUAUCUCUAUAUAUGUUGAAUUAACUUUUUUAAUUGAAGAGGAAGGAAAAGAAAAGAUAUUAAUGGUCAUAAAAUGUGUUCGUAGUUCCAGCUAAGUAUGUGCCCAAAACGUUCUUCACGGAAACGUACAACUAUUAUUAUUUUUUCCUGAAAAGAUCUGUAUGUAAAGUAUAAUGUUUAUUUCUCUGUAUUUUUUAGGAGCCUAACAACAUCCUUUCGUUCUUGGUGAUAGAAUAUGUUUCCUUUUUUUAAAAAAAAAAAUGCUUCUUUUUAAAGCACAUUUUUAACAAUUUUGUGGUUCUCUCCCUCCUCCCUUCCCUUUUCCAUCCCCAUCCUAGGCCAAUCCAAUUAGUGCAUGAUAAUGUUGAAAGCUCUGGGCAAGCAAAGAAAAAAAAGCCCAUUUUCUGCUGAGUUUAAAAGAAAAAAAAAUCAUGUAUUUGCUACAGAGUCUUGUAUGUGUCUCAUUGGGAAUGGUGUAAAAACUUAAAAGGCCUUACAUGAUAUGUAUCAUAGUUAAUAAAUCAAUCUUGUACAAAAAAAAAAGAAGGAAAGGUUCA